UCAGUGAAACCGAUAAAAGAUUAAACUCAAUUUCCCACAAUGCCGUUCUUGUGUAUCGACCAGAGCAGCACUAGCAUUGCCGUUCAUUACUUAGCAUUAGUUCUUGUUUUACACAUUGAGAACCGUGUCUUCUGUAGAUGCUUCCCCUGCGUUCACUAUGGACGACGAGAAGUACACCGACAUUAACGGGAAACCCAUUACUUUGGAUUACCAAAGGCAUUCAAGUUUUUGCACAGAGUUCAUUGUGAGCUCCCCUAAAGUGUCCAUCGGUACGGUGAUGGUGGCCACAAGCUUCGUGUGGAUCUUUGCCUACGCCGUGUUCUGCCUCACCGAUAACACUGCAGUAUUGUCCAGCGCCAUAAUCAUUACCCUGAUUGGAAUGAUGCUCUACAUUCACUUUGUGAAGAUAGACCAUGAGUCCUUACUUGUGAUUGGUUCCCUGGGUAUUCAGUUGUCCUCUAGCUAUGCCUCUGGCCGAGAGCACACAAGCUUCAUAGAGAUGAGCAAAAUAAAGGACAUUGUAAUCAAUGAAGCUAUCUACAUGCACCAAAUUAUCUACUACUUGUGUAUAUUACUGCGUGACCCUGCAGAUGCCAGUGCAGUUUCCAGUGUUGUCCCCUUGUUUCCAAGUUCCAAGCCAAGGCUUAAUUGUUUGGUGAAGGUGUACAAGACGUGCCAGGAAAUCAUCUCCAAGUGCUGAUGAAACAAAGGAAUUUCUGGUUGUAUCACACGUGCAACUGUUUUCUGCUCAGGCAAAGAAUCGAAUAAGAAUAUGUUCCUGCAUAGCUCACGUAGAUGUUGGUUUACCUUUUUUCUUUUUGGAGUAUUUUUACCAUCUGUCUUUGACUUAUUGUGUUAAGGUCAGUGCUAACUAAUGUGAUUGAUAUCUUUUGAGUGUAUUGCCAUACAUAAUUGUAUAAUUGGUUUAACAAUGUUUGUGAGGACGAUUUAAGUAUGUUUUUGUUGAAUUAAGUAAUAAUUACCUAUUUUAAUAUUUUUAACUUAAUUUCACAUGUAUGUAUUGUCUUUUUUUUUUUCUAAUCUCGGGUGGAAGUACUGUAAGGUAGGCUAACUCUUGAAUUGUUUAAUUCAUUGAUGGUACUUUUUAGGAGUAUUAUCUCAUGUCCCCUGUAGAGGGCACUACCGCACUCACUUUUUAUUUUAUUUUAGCAUUUAGCCAGCUCUUUCAGAACUAGUCUAGCCAUCCGUUUUCUCCUUAUACUGUAUACGGUUGUUCCUAACUAUCAUUGAUUUGUCCCUUGUACAAUGUGUCUCUUUGAAUCCUUGAUUAAAGAUUACAUUUUUAAAUAUGA